UAAGCUACACAAACAGAGUGAAGUCGUGUUUAAACAAAAAAGGCUUAACUGCCCUUUUCUUUCAGGCAGAUGUUUAUGGACCCGGGAUGUGUGACCUGCCGGGCGCGCGCACCGCCAAAGACGCGGACGCGCAACAUCACUGCUUCUUCACCGCUCUCCUGCGAAGAGACUGGUAGCCAGGCUUUCACUCAGAGAAUCCAGCUGUCACUCACCGAGAGCCCGUGUCAGACCGUAGGUGGCACACGGCGAAGAGCCCGGUCCCGAUAAAUACGAGACAAGGACACCGCUGGAUGUAGGUGGACCUCCGGUGAUCAACAGAUCGGCAACUCAGCUGUUCACUCCUCCUGCGAAGAAGAAGAAGAACACGAUGAGGGACCCGACAGACAACUGGCACAUGUGAGCUUCUGAUAUAUUUAUUACCAAAUUUCCGAGCAACACGCAGAGAUAUGAACACAGCAUCUCUCCAGAUUUGGGUUUAAUCAGCCGAUUCAAGCGUUCUUGGCACUGGAGUAGGUUCGGUCCGUGCCAAAAUGACCAGACUAUUGUCUAGCAUCGCUGUAACGGAAUGGGCCCGCAGGAAUUUUGGCACCGGUUUUACGCAGCAGACCACAUAGUUUAAUCGACGUACCUCCGACCGAAGACAGAGUAGUGUGGCUGCCAUGGACAAAGCGUGCUCACACACCUCGUAGUGAUAUGAUAUGAGAUGAAAAUCAAACCCCUUCAGUGAAACACCCUCCUGGUUCCUCCCGAGAAGUGGAGCAGAUAAUCAUCGGCGGGAUUCAAGUUUGGACCCCACCAAGUCCAAAACGACGUUUCCUUCCCAAACAAAAGGAUCAUCUUACACCUUAAAGCAUCUUCACAGACUCGCAUAGCGAGUCUGUGAAAAGGUGAGAGAGGGACACUGUCUGCCCCACUGUCCAGCGACACCAUGAGCUGGAGCUUCCUCACGCGGCUGCUGGAGGAGAUCCACAACCACUCCACCUUCGUGGGGAAGCUGUGGCUCACCGUGCUCAUCGUCUUCCGCAUUGUUCUCACUGCCGUUGGGGGAGAGUCCAUCUACUACGACGAGCAGAGCAAGUUUGUCUGCAACUCGGGCCAGCCAGGCUGUGAGAAUGUUUGCUACGAUGCCUUUGCCCCUCUAUCUCACGUCCGCUUCUGGGUCUUCCAGAUCAUUUUGGUUGCAAUGCCUUCUCUCAUGUACAUGGGCUACGCCGUCAACAAAAUUGCACGGUUAGAUGAAGCCAAAGGAGGAGGUGGGUCAGCUGCAGUUAGAACGGCAGUAGGGAGCUACACACACAGAAAACCUAGGAAAAUCUGCUUUGGAGCGAGGCAACACCGAGGCAUUGAAGAGGCUGAGGAGGACCAGGAGGAUGAUCCCAUGAUCUAUGAAGUGCCAGAGAUGGAGCCCCCCAAAAGGCCUCGGGAUCCACUGCAGCCAACACCUAGACCCAAAAUCCGUCAUGAUGGGCGUAAGCGUAUCCGAGACGAGGGGCUUAUGCGGGUCUACGUUCUGCAGCUGGUGUCUCGUACAGUGCUAGAAGCAGGCUUCCUUGCUGGCCAGUAUUUGUUGUAUGGCUUCCGUGUGAAGCCAAUAUUUGUCUGCUCGGGGAAACCUUGUCCCCACAACAUUGACUGCUUUGUGUCACGGCCGACAGAGAAAACCAUUUUUCUGCGUAUCAUGUAUGGUGUCACUAUACUUUGCCUCACACUUAAUGUUUGGGAGAUGCUCCAUUUGGGCAUUGGUUCCAUCUGCGACAUUCUUCGCCGCCGGCGAUGCCCACCUCAGGAGGACGAGUACCAGUUGGGCUUGCUGGUCACCAACGGGGGCGUGGAGGGCUCAGUAGGGGUAACAGGACCCGAGGCCGGAUCUGAGGGAGGGGAGGGUGGAGAUGGUGCUGCCGAUUACGUUGGCUACCCUUUCUCAUGGAACACCCCAUCAGCUCCUCCGGGUUACAACAUUGUGGUGAAGCCAGAGCAGAUACCCUACACUGACCUUAGCAAUGCUAAGAUGGCAUGCAAGCAGAACCGGGCAAACAUUGCCCAGGAGGAGCAGCAGCAGUUUGGUAGCAAUGAGGACAAUUUCCCCACUGGAGGAGAGGCCCGUGUGGCUCUGAACAAGGACAUGAUCCAGCAAGCACAUGAGCAACUGGAGGCUGCCAUUCAGGCCUACAGCCAGCAGCAUCGAGCUGAGGAGCAGCUUGGAGACAACCAGGACGAUAAGCCCCAAAGUAACAUUAUUCAGGCACAACCUCAGCCGCAGCCUCAGCCUCAGAAAGAGCGCAAGCAUAGAUUCAAGCAUGGGAAAGGAGGCAGUAGCGGUGGAGGCAGCAGCAGCAACAGCAGCAGCAGCAAAUCAGGAGAGGGAAAGCCCUCUGUAUGGAUUUAACCCCAGAAUCAAGGACAUGUGUUGAAACCAUGUAUAUAUUACAGACUGAGCUGUUGCAAUUUUUUUCUUGGAUAUUUAAACACCACUGUGCCUUAAAGAAUCAUGCAAGCUGGAGAAGAUCUGUUUGUGUACAAAAUGUGAUGUUGCAGAUGACUGAUUUUUUUUGUCUGGGCUAUCACUGUCUAACUUGAAACAUCACACCAAUACAAACUUUGUUAGGCUGUAGUCUGCCGUUUACAUGUCGCAUUCUCCUCAAGUCCUAAAGCAGAUUAUUGACCUCUGUUGUCUUCCUGAUCAACCUUUCUUAGGGAUUUCAGCUUUGGAAAGUCACUGAAUCAAAAUGAGUUCUCUUGCAAAUUAGAGUGAUCCCAGAUUUGGCUUAGCUCAUUUUCUGUCCACUCUUCUGCAGCUAAUACCAUGGCUUCCUAUCUGAUGGGACAUCUAAAUACAAUGACAUCAAAAUAACGUAUUAUCCCAAUACAUGAUGCCAUGUGGUCACUAUGUCCGACCAAGCUAAAGCAAUGACUUCACACUGUUAUGUCGCAAUAAUGGAGCGUCAGUACAGCAUAAAUGCAAUAACAUGAGUCAUAAUUCAGUGGCGGCGCUCAAAGCAGUGAUUUUAUGAUGCGGUGAGAACAUCACCUUCCUGAAGGCUGUGUCCUGUCAGUCAUGUUCUGCGUCUGCUCUUUCUCCAGCGUCAUUCACAGUGUCGUGUUGCGGUGACUUUGCAUUUGACCGUGUGUUCGUAUAUGUUUCCCAUGUAUUGAAACCAGUGCUUCACAACCAGUGCCACUCAGGAACUCCUGAGUGCACCUGGUGAUUUUUGUCAAAUCCAUAUCUACAUGAGAAAAAACAUUUAACAGCGUGGAUAAGCAAUCCAGCUUUUAAACCUUGUUCUUCACGUUCCCCGUUUCUCCCUAUGGCUCUUCGUGGCUAUUGGACAAGGCAGCUUAGUGCUUCACUGUUGCUCCAUCUUCCUUGUAGCUGACUGCCCCCUGGUGGUGUAUUUUUAGAUAGGGAGUAGAUAACCAGUUGCCAAUGCUACCUGCAUCCAGCAACACCUGAACCAACUGUAGUGUUCCUUUUCUAUCGACAAGACUUGUGUCACUUAUGUCUUCCCAGUGUAACAACUUCAGUGUUUUAUGCACAAGGUUGCAAUAUCAUCAUGUUGUAAUGGGAAAAGGUUUAAAGCCAUUACUAUAACACAGUGAGACCAAACACUGUCUGUGUGAUGCAAGUGUCAGUGCCAAGAUUUUAUGCUAGGCUGCCAUGAAGCCUGGUUGUUUGUAGCUUUGGAAUACUGUGGCCAUGCUACUCCAGUUGUGGAAAUAUGCCUACGUGAGACCAACCCUUUUUUAAAAGUCACUUGUUUUUUUGUACUGCAGUAUGUGCAUUGCUUUUUGAAAUUGGAUUGAAACAAACAAAACAAACAAACAAAAAAUAAAAACAACUCCAAAAUGGGGUCCAUUUUUAUGUUCAAGCCAGUGUUUUAUAUGAAAGCAUCCUGUUUUUCAAUGACAUUUUUUGUAGAAGAAAAUAAAAUGAAUUAAAAUGAAUCUUAAAAAAAAUGAAUUAGCUGUAUGGAUAUUUAUGGAUGUUGUGAUUGAAAUUGCCUUCCAAUUGUAAAAAAUGUGAAAUAUGACAUAGUAUAUUUUUCUAAUAUGUCGACUACUUAAUGAUGUAAAAGAAAAAAAAUGUCAGUCUGUUCCUUGUAUGUUGCAGUAUCGGUAUUUAAUGUAUGUAUCAACCCUCUGAGCUGUGUUUUAAUAACAGUGUUCUUCCUUUUCCAACAUGAGAUCUGCCGAACAGCUGCGUUGCAAAUCCAUUGGUGAAAAGACUUAAAGUGCCAAAUUAUUCAAACCAUUCCAAGCUUUGCCCUGCUGUAGCUUUCCACUUUCCAAAAAAAAAAAAAAGAAAGAAAUGGUGUCCUUAUUUCAUGAUGGUAAAUCAGAAUGAGGAAUAAAUCUACAAACCUUUACAUUUCUUUCUUGAUUUAAUUAAUGAAAGAUCUGAGCCUGAUGCAGAAAACAUCAACCAUAACGUGAGGCUAUGCAUUGUGAAGAACAUGUUAUACUUGACAAUGGUGUGCUUGAGUAGACUCUCUCUGAAUGGCUAGUUCAUCACUCGGCUGUACAUGUCUGUUUAACAAGCCCAGACUGCAGGAGACAGAUAUAAAUCACCAAAAGUACUCCAGUCAGCUAUUCCCCAAGCAGUAACUGCCACGGGCUGCACUGACGCCAAACUGAUCCCAAUAAGCCACAGGUGAUUUACUGAGAGUCCCACAGUCGCUGUCACUCUCUUCCCCUAAAGGCCAAUCAGCUCUCAUUAAAAUCUUCCCCAGUAAGCAAAGUUUGUCAACUAAAGUAUUUACUGUGGUUUGGGGAGCGGUCCAAAUGGACUCCAGGCAGCUGGUGCUUCUCUGCCGCUAGAUCAAGCAGCGGCCACAAGAGGGCGAAUUCUCAUCAAAUGAGGGAGCAUGGAGGUGCCAUGAGGGUACACUCAGAGACCCCAUCUGGUCCAGUCUCCAUGACUGGCAGGUUGGCCUUACAUCUUCAAACUUAUUCCAAGCGGCACGGACUCUGUUCUUUCAGGAGAAUGUGAGGAAUUUGGGCAGCUACAUGAGAGGUCAAAAGAAUUACCCCGUGGCACAGUUAUGUAUUUGUUCUCUUUUCCCUAUUGAGUGACUGGGAAAGAAAGAGGUAAAGUGAGACAGAAAGUGCACUCUCUGUUCGGAGAUGGCUUUUAUUACUACUUUUAUCAGAGUUUGUCAGCAUUUUGUCUUGGGCCUUGUGAAACGGUCUCCAAAAUGUUACCAUGGCUUUUAAAAGAAACGUCAAAAGGAAGCAGAACAAUCCAAAGUGGCAAUGAAAGUCAUACGGAAGUAUGUCAGCGUGCAUUUUGAGGUAUGUGGCAGUUCUGUUACAGGAAUAAACAGUUUUUGUACAAUUACAAAGGGAAAAAAUCGAAAGCCACAACGAGCUUCUAAUCCUUCAGGUUUAGUGGUUUAGCUGCAUGUCUAUGUUGGUCAAGGAAAACUUAUUUUCCUCCAAACUUCCUUGUAUUUCUGAACAUAAGUAGUAGGUUAAUAUUUUAAGAAGGAUUUCCAGCAACACUGUUCCGCUAAAUGUUCUAGUACUUGUAGUGUAGUGAGAGUUAUUUUCUUGCUUUUUUUUUUCCUUUUUUCAAAAAGCAACAACUUAAAAGAAAGUCCACUCUCUGAGGGACAAUGUGAGUUAGAGAACUCACAAUCCUACAAGUGGAUGCACGCCCUGGAACUAAAAGCCAUUGGCAGCCGAAAGUGUUAGGACUUGUAGAGGGAAUACAUACCGUACGUAGGUGUGUUGACUGGUUACCUGUACGGCUGGUUUAGUGUUUUCCGUAAAUAGGGGUGGAGCAUUAUUUAUGCAGACGUUUCAUUUCUCCUUUUCACUGUGAGAGAAGCAAACUUGUGUCGGCUAAAAUCAUCUGUGGGUCUCAUGUGUCAGGGAUGCCAUGAUGUUCAUCUUUUUCUCAGUCUUUCUACACAAAACAGUGAAGAGGAAGGGUGCGGCAAGGGUGUGUUGUUUCCUCACCUGUUUCAUAUAAUUACCUAUGUGGGAUGUGACAAUAAAACCAGUGGUGUUACCGGUACAAACUCUGAUUCAUACGUGUGUUUUUUUGUUUUUGUUUGUUUUUUACCAUGCCUUUUGUAAAAUGUACAUUUCUUUGAGUGCCAUUAUGGUAUCCCCUUACCAAGUUGUUUUUUUUUUUCAUAUUAUGGAUCAAUACUUUUGAAUUGCAUGUGAAAAAAUACUUAUUUUCCUAUAAAAUAAAUAAAUUGAAUCA